GGGACGUUGUAAGAACUCGGGAGCUUGUAUAUAAGAGCUAUGAGGUUCCGAACUACCUUUAGUCUUCAACGGACUCAGGAUCUACAACUACUCAAUUCAGAUCAAAAUAACCUUCCUCAACCAUGUGUGACGAAGACGCUUGUGCUCUGGUGGUCGACAAUGGCUCCGGCAUGGUCAAGGCUGGCUUCGCCGGAGACGACGCCCCUCGCGCCGUCUUCCCCUCCAUCGUCGGUCGCCCCCGUCAUCAGGGUGUGAUGGUCGGCAUGGGUCAGAAGGACGCCUACGUCGGCGAUGAGGCCCAGAGCAAGAGAGGUAUCCUGACUCUCAAGUACCCCAUCGAGCACGGUAUCAUCACCAACUGGGACGACAUGGAGAAGAUCUGGCAUCACUCCUUCUACAACGAACUUCGUGUUGCUCCCGAGGAAUCUCCCGUCCUCCUCACUGAGGCUCCCCUCAACCCCAAGGCCAACCGUGAGAAGAUGACCCAGAUCAUGUUCGAGACCUUCAGCGCCCCCGCCAUGUAUGUGGCCAUCCAGGCCGUGCUGUCCCUGUACGCCUCCGGUCGUACCACUGGCAUUGUGCUGGACUCUGGUGAUGGCGUCUCUCACACUGUCCCUAUCUACGAAGGUUAUGCUCUUCCUCAUGCUAUCCUUCGUCUCGACUUGGCUGGUCGUGACCUUACCGCUUACCUGAUGAAGAUCAUGACUGAGCGUGGCUACUCCUUCACCACCACCGCCGAACGUGAAAUCGUUCGUGACAUCAAGGAGAAGCUUUGCUACGUCGCUCUUGACUUCGAGAGUGAGAUGAACGUCGCUGCUGCUUCCUCAUCCCUGGAGAAGUCCUACGAACUUCCCGACGGUCAGGUCAUCACCAUUGGCAAUGAACGCUUCCGCGCCCCUGAGUCACUGUUCCAGCCUUCCUUCCUGGGUAUGGAAUCUGUUGGCAUCCACGAGACCGUGUACAAUUCCAUCAUGAGGUGCGACAUUGAUAUCAGGAAGGAUCUGUUUGCUAACAUUGUCAUGUCUGGUGGUACCACCAUGUACCCUGGUAUUGCUGACCGUAUGCAGAAGGAGAUCACUUCUCUGGCACCUUCCACCAUCAAGAUCAAGAUCAUUGCUCCUCCUGAGCGCAAAUACUCCGUGUGGAUCGGUGGUUCCAUCCUGGCCUCUCUGUCCACCUUCCAGGCCAUGUGGAUCACCAAGGAAGAAUAUGACGAGUCAGGCCCCGGCAUCGUUCAUCGCAAGUGCUUCUAAGCUUACUUCACGUUGAUCAUGAUGCAAAGAUACUUCAUUCGGACUUCCUCUUAUACGAUUACUGUUCACUUGAACUGUGAAUGAAUUCUUUACGGAUCUCUUUAAGAUAAUAAUUGCCACUUUUUUACGAUCUCUACCCUUUUAUGUAACUAUAUUUUCUAAAUAUAUUAUACAUUCUA